GAUGUAUAACCUGAUGAUGUUAGCGCUGUUAGCCUUCGAGGUGACCAUUUACAGACACCAGGAGCUCCACCGUCUCAACCAUAACAAAGUCCCGCCCCCCACCAGAACGCUGUUUCAUGACAUCACCAGGCGUCACCUAGACGACAGCGUGCUGUGCUGUGUUAAGUACUUCCUCAACUACUUCUUCUACAAGUUUGGACUGGAGACCUGCUUCCUUUUGGCCGUGAACGUGAUUGGACAGCGGAUGGAUCUGUUUGCUGUUGGCCACGCCUGCGGCCUCAUCACCAUCCUAUCACGGCGCAGCAGGAAGCGCAUUGCGUCAGUGUGGCCCAAGUACUGCUACUUCCUGUCGGGGCUGUUGUGUUUCCAGUACCUGUUGUGUAUCGGAUUCCCUCCAGCUGCCUGUAAAGAUUAUCCCUGGAGACCUCCGUCCUCCAACAUGGACUCCAAUGUCGUGAAGUGGCUCUUCCUCCCUGAUCACCUGACACCCCCCAACCCCCUCUUCCUCCUCUGUAAGAUCAUCUUCAUUCAGCAGAUUUUGUUUUCCUCCCUCAGCAUAAAACACACAUUGAGAGAACUUUGAGAGAAGGUAACAACUAAUGAAUCCCACCUGCUGUGGGAGCUGUUUUUAUUUUAACAAACCAAAUCUCUUAACUGUUUAUAUCUUGUCUCCUGCAUGUCUGUCACAUAAUGCAAUACUUCUCCCAUGAC